CGAUCGGGGGCGGGGCGGCGGCGCAGCGAUGGCGGCGGGCGAGGCGGCCGCGGCGGGCGGCGAGGCCGGGGCCGGGGCCGGUAUCCCGGGCGGCGGGGUCGUGCUGCUGGGCGCCGCGCUGCUGGCCCUGGUGCUGCUGGGCGCCUGGCGGCUGUGGAGGCGCUGGCGGCGGCGCGGAGGGCGCGGGCCCCGGGCGGAGGACGGCCCCGCCGCGGCGCUGCCCCGCAUGAAGCGGCGCGACUUCAGCCUGGAGCAGCUGCGCCACUUCGACGGCGCGCGCACGCCGCGCAUCCUGCUGGCCGUCAACGGGAAGGUGUUCGACGUGAGCAAGGGCCGCAAGUUCUACGGCCCCGCGGGCCCCUAUGGCAUCUUUGCCGGCAGGGACGCGUCCCGGGGCCUGGCCACCUUCUGCCUCGACAGAGACGCCCUUCGCGACGAGUACGACGACCUCUCGGACCUGAACGCCGUGCAGAUGGAGAGCGUCCGCGAGUGGGAGAUGCAGUUCAAAGAGAAGUACGACUACGUGGGCAGACUGCUGAAGCCGGGGGAGGAGCCGGCCGAGUACACGGACGAGGAGGACGCCAGGGAGCACGGCAAGCAGGACUGAGCGCCCUCGGCCGGCCCCGCACACCCGCGCACCCGCGCAGACCAUGGCCGGCCGGCCGGCGGCUCACUCGGGCUCCCCCGCUGCAGACGCCCCGCACACCCGGCACAUGGCAGAGCAGAUGCCGCCGCCACCGCCUUCCCCUCCCCUCCCCUGCCCUCCCUUCCCUUUCCCCUCCCCUCCCCUCCCCUCCCGGGGGACUGAGGGGCCAUCUGGGGCCGGAGGCCUGGGGCCUGAGGGCGGGUUUCUGGGGAGCGAGAAAGGCACUGAGGGUGCUUCUCCUCGGUUACUUCUUUGUCUCCUUUCCUUUUUGAAAUCAGGCGACCAGACAGGUAUUUGCUGCUUGAGAACUCGGCUCACGCGGCCGCGGGGGGCGGGGGGCGCCGGGGGUCCCACACUUCGCUUUGGGCUUUCGUCAGGGGAGAGGGAAGGGGUGUCUGUCCAGACGAGGGCGGCGAGGCAGCCCCGCAGGUGUUCACUGUGCCUUAUUUCACUCCUAGACUUGAAGGCUGAGGGAGGGAGCCCCGGGCGAGGGUGCGGGGAGGGAGCCCAGUGUCACUGCCGCUCUGUCCCGGCCACGCGCACCCCGAGCCCCCAGAAGCGGCCCUCUGUCCCGUGCCGAGUGCGGGAGUGCGGGAGCCCGCGGGAGCAAGGCCGCGGAUCUGUACAUACGGACCUAAUAAAGCAUGGACGAUCUCC